AGCGGCCUGGAUGUGUGAACUGUCCCUAUGGCUCCGCAGGAGGCGAAGCCCCAGGGCCCGAGCGAAGCUGGGCCAGCUGCGCGGGAGCCCCGGGACCGGCCCCGGGAGCGUGUGCUCUGCGGGGCGGGCGGGAUCGCCACGCGCUUCCAGGGCGUGAGGAGCUCCGGGGCCCGCCGGUCCCUGGAUGCGCCGCCUCUGCGGCCGCUGCUGCUGGGACUCUUGCUGCUGGCUGCCCUUCCCGGGCACUGCCGAGCCGACUCCGGGACAGACAAUCUACAGAUACAUGUCACUCCAACCUCAGAGUCCAUUCCUCUCGGGAAAUUGUUACCAAUUUCACCAACAUGGCCUUUUUUGGAAGUCAAGUCUUCCUCAGCAGCAGAUAAAAUCAAGAAUGUUCUGGGACAGCCUUCCGACAACACAAGCUUGCUGCAGCUAUCCCAGACACCUCUUCCCAAGGCACGCCACAAGACCAGGGCUCAUGUGGACUUCUCUUCGUCCCUUUACCAAGGAAGUGGACACGGCGCCUCCCCGGAUCUUGCUAAGGACUCCAUUGAGACUGUGGUCCACCCCAGGCCUGAAGGGGAAAGAGAAGCGACAGCCAUGUCAGGUUUGCCUUGCACCAGCAUGCUUUCCCCAUUGCCUAGAGCCCCGCCAGCUGCCUCUAGGGCUGCUUCCCCAUCACAGCCUCUGGUGGGGACUCCCUCCCUUUCAAAGCAUCCCUUGAGGUCAGACAGCCUUCCCCUUCUCCCUCCACCAUCAUCAUCUUCAUUGGUCCCUGGUUCAUCUCAUUCCAUCACUCCUAAGUCUAUAGAUCACCCCACCAAAGUGCCUGUGUUUCCCCAAAUCACACCAGCUGAUUCCUCUUCAGGUCAGAACCCAGUUAAUGUCCUAAAACCAUUUUCUCACAAAACAAACCACUUUCCAUCCAGAAAUGCCCGGACUUUCAUUGGCACCCCUCCUCUAGACUUUUCUAGACCCUUAACAAAGCAGUACUCUGAGCUGGCCCCAUCAGGGAUUCCCCGCUCAGCAGGUUCCCUGAUUCCCGGGCCUCUGAGCUCCCUGGCAGAACUGUCUCUUCCUUCUGUAGCCCCUGGAGGCUUUCCAGGUGGAACCUCCUCGUGGCGAAUGUUGAAAGAGCCCUUGAGUUCUGUAUCCACCCAGCCAGGCCCCACCGCGAGGGCUGUCAGAGGGCGCAGCGGGGUAUUAUCGACCAUUAAUCUGGGCCCAGCAGCAGCAAGCUAUGAGGCUUGGCCCCUACACGUCCAGACUGCAGAGUCAGGGACCAGCAGCAGAGAGCGAGCCCCUGUUCCUCCUGCAAAUAGCGCCACCACCUGGCCACAUCUGGCAGCCGCUCCCGAGAAUUUCAGGAAGCCCUCCCGCUCCCCAGAAAACACCCCUUCCUCCUGGCUGCUUUCUCUGCCACUCACUACACCCAGUCAAGAGCAAAUGGACCUUUCUGAGGCGGCUCCUGGAUCACCACUGAAGGGGACGGGCGCCCCUCCCUCCCUGCUUACCAUCCUCCACCCCACUAGAGAGCGUGCCUCCCCAGACCCCGUGCCGGAAGCCGCCAGUCCCCAGGAAGAUGGCCGUGGUGGAUACCUUCCUGAUGUAGCCAUACACCCCCCCUCCAGCAAACGUCCUGAUCUUCCCCCUACCGUUUGGACAUUUCCUCAGCAAAAAGAGGACAGGGUGACAGCCAUUUGGGGGGGAAAUGAAAAGGCAAAUGGGACAUUUCCUCUGUGGGCCCUUCCAACUAAAGAGGCGCCAAGUCUUCAAGCAGUGAGUGGAUUCACCUCUGAUUUUAACACAGGUGAAGUCUCGCCUCUCAUCAAGACAGCACUAAGAACAGACCUCUCUCCUUCGGGGUUACCUCCAUCAUCCAUGCUCGCCUCACAAGCCCCUCAGGCAGGUUCUCCUCCUGGCUCUUCCAGCACCGAGCUGGAGACUCUGGCAGCUGUGGCAAGCCCGUCUGGGUUGCCAGCUUCAGCUUCCAGACAGGUGCCAGCCCUUCCCUCCUCCCCCGAUGUCUAUGAGUUCCCAACAAUGGAAGGCAGGAGAAAGCCAGCAGCCACAGAUGUUCUCUGGAGCUCUCUUGCUGCGGCAACUGCAUCCCUCUCCACAGAAUCGACAAUAUCUGGUUUGCCACGGCAAACGGAUGGUGAUUUAAACACUCCCACAAUUAGCGCCACAAGCUGGGAGCCUCCUCCAGCUACUGUGACUCUUCCCAGCCAUACAACUUCGGAUGCCAAUGCGAUAUAUCCUCAGAAUUUCAAAGAGGCUGUUGGGCAGUUGGUGACUACAGACGGCUUUAACUUUCAGGAUCUAGUCUUCAGUCAGAGUGGCAAUCAGCCCCUGCAGCCAUCGGAAGGGGCCAUAGUUGAAAGCCACGCAGACCUCUGGCUCACAAGCAAGCACCCAAGAGACUUUGACACAGCAAUAGGUGAUUAUUAUCCACCCACACGUCAACAUUCUGUGCCGCAGCUGCCUCUUCGGCCAGCCCAUCCUCUGUGGCCAACCUGGCCAAGCUCAGCUUCUGCAGCUAGCUUGCAGAAAAUGCUUUCAGAUGGAACAGACACAGAUUCACAGAUUUCCAGUGACACCUCUCUGUCGCCGGGAAAGACUGGCUCCCCACAAUUCCAGAGUGUCUUGGAAUACCAUUCAUCUACAGACUCCACUUCCGUGUCAACUGGUGCCUUUUCCAGGACCCCCUCCAAAGUGCUGCGAACUUCUCGGCGCCCCAAGACACGGACAGGUGCAGCCACUAAUGCAGGUAGUUCGCUUCCUGGUACCCAGAAAACAGUGGAAACCUCAGUGUCACCCAAGGGAGAACUGACAGCAACAGCUGCAGCCGCUGCCGCCACCACCCUGUUUCUGAGGAAGUCAAGCCCAGCAGCGUUGUCUGCAGCCCUCACUGCUAAGGGCACUGGCAGCAGCGGCGGUUUAGCCAAGAGCGGUCUAACCACAGCUCUAGCUAAAAAUGUCACCAGCAAGGCAGCGUCCAGCCCAAAGGUGACAGCAGGGACAGUCCACACUGCCUUCCCAAUCACACCAACCUACAUGCUUGCCCGGACAGCACACAGCAUGAGCACACAUACAGCCACCCAAGGGGCCACGGGCUCUGCUUCGGGCCUAUUGUCCACCACACACCUCCCCAAGAAGCCACAAGCCAUGCACACUGGCCUCCCUAAUCCCACCAGGCCAGACACACCCAGAGCAUCCACCGCCCGCCCACUGACAAUCACUGCUGCACUGACGUCCGUUACAGCAUCAGUAAAGGCCACGAGGCUGCCACCUCUGCAGACAGGAAACACGGACGCUGCUUUUCCGGCUGUGUCUACUGCGAUGUUCACAACUGGCAGGAUGGCGUCCAACUUGGACUGUCAGAUGUCCCACAGGCUCCUAGUGAAGACAGUUUUCUUCCUAACUCAGAGGAGAGUGCAGAGCAGUGAGUCCUUGAAGCUUGGUGUAACCAAAGGGCUCACGCAGGCAUUGCGGAAGGCUUUCCACCAGAAUGACGUCUCUGCUCACGUGGACAUCCUGGAAUACUCGCAUAACGUCACAGUUGGCUACUACGCUACCAAAGGCAGGCUGGUGUAUUUGCCUGCUGUGGUGAUGGACAUGCUGGGUGUGUAUGGAGUCAGCAACGUCACUGCUGACCUGAAGCAACACACUCCCUCCUUACAGUCUGUGGCGGUGCUUGCCUCCCCGUGGAAGCCCCAGCCUGCAGGUGCCUUCCAGCUGAAGACAGUGUUGCAGUUUGUAAGCCAGUCGGACAACAUCCAGUCCUGCAAGUUUGCCCAGACGAUGGAGCAGAGGCUGCAGAAGGCAUUCCAGGAUGCAGAGAGGAAAGUCCUUAACAGCAGGAGCAACCUGACCCUUCAGAUCGUGAGCACGUCCAAUGCCUCCCAAGCCGUCACACUGGUGUAUGCUGUGGGCAAUCAGAGCUCCUUCCUCAAUGGCACCGUGGCCAGCAGCCUCCUUAGCCAGCUCUCCGCUGAGCUGGUAGGAUUCUACCUCACUUACCCUCCGCUUACCAUCGCUGAACCACUGGAAUAUCCCAACCUUGAUAUAUCAGAAACAACCAGAGACUACUGGGUCAUCACAGUGCUCCAGGGCGUGGACAACUCGUUGGUAGGCUUGCACAACCAGAGCUUUGCCCGGGUCAUGGAGCAACGUCUAGCCCAGCUCUUCAUGAUGUCCCAGCAACAGAGCCGGCGGUUUAAACGGGCCACCACCUUGGGAAGCUAUACUGUGCAGAUGGUGAAGAUGCAGCGAGUGCCAGGACCAAAGGACCCAGCAGAGCUGACGUACUACACACUGUACAACGGGAAGCCACUGCUGGGGACUGCAGCAGCCAAGAUCCUGAGCACCAUCGACUCCCAGAGGAUGGCCUUGACCCUGCACCACGUUGUCCUUCUACAGGCUGACCCCGUGGUGAAGAAUCCACCCAACAACCUGUGGAUCAUCGCCGCAGUGCUGGCCCCCAUCGCCGUGGUCACUGUUAUCAUCAUUAUCAUCACCGCUGUGCUCUGUAGGAAGAACAAGAAUGACUUCAAGCCCGACACCAUGAUAAACCUGCCUCAGAGAGCAAAGCCCGUGCAAGGCUUUGACUACGCCAAGCAGCAUCUGGGCCAGCAAGGGGCAGACGAGGAGGUCAUCCCUGUGACGCAGGAAACGGUGGUCCUCCCCAUACCUGUCAGAGAUACUCCUCAGGAGAGAGAAACGGCCCAGGAGGGGAGCACCAUCAAGACGGCUAAGUCUACGGAAACCAGAAAGAGCAGGUCGCCCAGUGAGAAUGGUUCUGUCAUCAGCAACGAAUCAGGGAAGCCCAGCUCGGGGAGGCGCUCACCCCAGAACGGAAUGACACAGCAGAAAGUGACAAAGGAGGAGGCCAGGAAGAGAAAUGUGACAGCAAGUGAUGAAGAGGAGGGAGCGGGUCUCUUCGACAGUGCAGGCAAGGCACCAGCAGAUCCCUUUGACACGUCCUCUGGAUCCGUGCAGCUCAUAGCCAUCAAACCGUCCGUUCUGCCCGUAGUGCACCCUGCGGCAGACAGGGGGCAGGAGUCCUCAGCGGCACUCAAUGGUGAGGUGAACAAGGCUCUGAAGCAGAAAUCAGACAUUGAGCACUACCGGAACAAACUGCGCCUGAAAGCUAAGAGGAAGGGGUAUUAUGACUUCCCCGCAGUGGAAACAAGCAAAGGCCUGACAGAAAGGAAGCAGAUGUACGAGAAAGCCCCAAAGGAAGUGGAGCACGUUUUGGACCCAGACCCGGAAGUGUGUCCUCCCUUCGCAGAGUCUAAAAACAGGCAACAGAUGAAGAACUCUGUCUACCGAAGCCGGCAGUCUCUGAACAGCCCAAGUCCAGGAGAAACCGAGAUGGACCUUCUGGUUACACGGGAGAGACCCCGGCGUGGCAUCCGGAACAGUGGAUACGAUACUGAGCCCGAGAUCAUAGAGGAAACCAAUGUCGACAGAGUCCAUGAGCCCCGGGGCUACGGCAGGGCACGGCAGGUGAAGGGCCACUCAGAGACCUCCACGCUGAGCUCGCAGCCUUCCAUCGACGAAGUCCGGCAGCAGAUGCACAUGCUUCUGGAGGAGGCCUUCAGCCUGGCAUCCGCCGGCCACGCGGGCCAAAGCCGGCACCCGGAGGCCUACGGCUCUACGCAGCACCUGCCGUACUCAGAGGUGGUGACCAGCGCUCCAGGGACCAUGACGCGACCCAGGGCUGGAGUGCAGUGGGUGCCCACCUACCGCCCAGAAAUGUACCAGUACAGUCUGCCCCGGCCGGCUUACAGGUUUUCCCAGCUUCCCGAAAUGGUCAUGGGCUCUCCCCCGCCACCCGUACCUCCCAGGACAGGCCCUGUAGCUGUGGCUUCCCUCAGGCGGUCCACCUCAGAUAUCGGCAGCAAGACCCGAAUGGCGGAGUCCACAGGACCCGAACCCACCCAAUUGCAUGACAGUGCCUCGUUUGCCCAGGUGUCCAGAGGUCCCGUGUCGGUGACGCAGUUGGAUCAGUCGGCUUUGAAUUACUCAGGUAACACAGUGCCAGCGGUGUUUGCCAUCCCGGCUGCCAACAGACCUGGCUUCACCGGCUACUUCAUCCCAACACCUCCCUCCUCCUACAGGAGCCAGGCCUGGAUGUCCUAUGCAGGGGAAAAUGAGCUCCCGAGCCAGUGGGCUGAUUCGGUCCCUCUUCCUGGGUACAUCGAAGCCUAUCCCCGGUCGCGUUAUCAACAGAGUUCACCCUCCAGGCUCCCUCGCCAGUACAGCCAACCAACCAAUCUUCACCCAAGCCUAGAGCAGGCCCCUGUCCCCUCCACAGCGGCCUCACAGCAGAGCCUGACAGAAAAUGAGCCUCCAGACACCCCGUUGACCAACAUUUCCACUGCAGCCCUCGUGAAGGCGAUCCGGGAGGAAGUGGCCAAGCUGGCCAAGAAGCAGACAGACACGUUCGAGUUCCAGGUCUAAUGCCUCAGCCCUGAGGGAAUCUGCCCUUGAAGACUGUGAGGCAACAAACAGGCUUUGGGUUCCUCUCCACUGAUGUGUGGGGUCUCCAGACAAUGCAUGGGUCUUUCUCAUCCUCAGAUUAAAAAAAAAAAAAAAACGUCAACAGUGAGGCUGCUGGGAAGCAGAAAACUUGUGAACAACUGGAUUCUGACUCCUGCAGCCAACUGUGGGUCAGCAGGUCCCUAGCUGGGACCCUGCAUUUGAUGUUCUGCUGGGCUAAAUGUUUGAACUGUGGGUGGAAUUUCCUGAAGGAGCCCUAGUUGUGAGAGGCACUAGCUAGCCUGCAGGUUCCUGUCCAGUGUCCCAUUUUAGUAAACCGUCAGAAGGGAGAGACUGCCUCUCUGUCUUCAGCGGCCUCUGCAUGUUCUCUUUCUGUGUUAAAGGCAACACAGGAGUGUGAUUAACCACCAGACUGUACUCUCUCAUUGAGCCAUGACCGUGACUGCUUUCAAAAUCACCUCUAGUCUGUAAGGGAAAUACGGACUCUCCAGCCAAGAAACUCGAGUCUCUUUGCUUUUAAAGGCUCAUGUUCAAAGUCAAAUGAAUUGGAUGGAAAUCAGUUCCAGUGGCUGUGCCUAUAAAUAGUCCUUUCUGCCCCCCAAAACACACACCUGCUAAUUAAAGGCCAAGAGAAAGAGAGACAAUGAGCCAGAAUGGUGGACUUGCGUGGACAGGCUGUUUAAAAGGUGCUGUCAUUUUGAAAAUAAAGUCUUCUGCAAAUUGGGAUCCAAAUGAAAGGGGAUCUGUGCUAAGAGGCUAGGGAGCCUGUAAAAGAGAAGCAGUUAUUUGUGGAGGUUUUUCUUUGUAUUGAAGAUGGCCUGAGAACCCGGCCAUCCUGGGGAAAUAAUAGAUACAGCAACUGUAACAAGAUCUGACUCCAUAGUGGAGUCUAGCGCGUGCUGCUAGUAGUACAAAGAAAACCAUUAUUGAUUAUGGUAGCGAUGGGAAAGAUGGAUCCACGAUCACCCCACCCUGCAACCUCUGCUUCUAGAAACUUGUAAAUGUAGAAAAUCUGAUUUGAGAUGAUGAAAUGCAAAACAUCUUUUUAAAAGUCUGGAGUUCACCAGUUCUCCGUGGUGGAUGAACGCAGGAGGAUGUUUGCUGAGAUGGCAGGAUGCUACCUUAGGGUGGUGCUGUCACAUGCUACUCUUCCUGGCAUGACACAUCAGCCUACAGAGUCCUGGGUGGAAACACUGCCUUGCAGCUCUGGGGUACACUGAUGACUCCUCUGUGCAAAUAAGACUGAUUUGGGGUACCAGAGGAAAAGGGAACCCUGAGUUUCCUCCCCAAUUUUGGGAGUCAUGUAUGAUGUCAAGGGGCUUAUUUGGUGUCUGUUGGAGAAUAAGGUCCUAUCCUGCCUUCACCCAUGACCCAUCUUGCUUCAGCUGUACCUACGCCCCUCUGAACCCAUCUACCCAUUGUCUCCAUGAGUUUCUUUGGUCUUUACUGAAAGGAGGUUGAGAGAAGAGUAGGAUUGGAACUGAUUGGACUGGGGGACUCAAACUGUCAAAGCACAGACUUGCCCAAGAAGCUCUUUUUAUUUCCCUCUGGCAAACUGUCCUUUCUGGAAUGUUCCGAGAUGACAAGUCUCUUGUGGGGGUGGCAUUAGGUAGUGUCCUUUUAGUAUGCCGGUUGAUCUUUCAUAGUGUUAGUUUUUUGUUACCUAAUACAAAAUCAGCUAUAAAUAAAAAUGUAUUUUUGUAA